GAACUCGGAAAACAACAAAGCCCAAGGGAGUUUUUAGUUUUUCUUCCCUCUUGGAUUUGUGUUUUACUUUAAAUGGAGGGUGGGUUUCUGCUAAAGGUUUACCAAAAAUGGAGGUAGUAAGUAGAAAUUACAAGUGUUUUGUCUUAGUUUUCUCUGCCUAUUUAUAUACCCAUCUAGGAAACACAGCCUGAGCAGGGACUUCUGCCUCCUUCCUCCUUUCUCCGUGGCCCACCCCCUCUCCUAGCACCUGGGCUUGCUGACCUGGACUUAAAUCAAGAGAUGCAGGCUAGAAGUGAGGGCUCCUCUAAGAAAGGAAAGAGCCCAUAUCUGCCGGGUGACACCCCUUGGCCUCUCAUGGGCUCCCUGCCCAGCAAGCUACAGCCGCUCUCCAAAGGCCAAGCUUCCCGAACCCACCAGAUCUUUGCCGACGUGGAGAAAAUCUUAGGCAGGGCCCCAGCCCACUGCAGGACAGAGUUAGGUGAUCAGCAGGGUCUGGAGAAACCCCAGCAGCUGGCAGAGAAAAUCUACCUGGGGUUUUCAGACCCUGAAAUAGAAGAGCUGGAGAUGAGGACCAGACAGCGGAAACCUGGCCCUCUGGGCCCCGAGAACACCGAGCCCUUCCGGAACGGGCAGGAUGCAUUAGAGGGCAGGAGCCAGGCCUCUGUCUGCUCGAAGCUUUCGGAAACCCUCAAAGGCCCACAGCUGAAAGGGGAGCAGCACAGCCACAAUGUGGCCCAGAGGAGCUCCUCUGGCCCUGGGGGGGACAAGGGUCAGAGCCCCAUCCCCUCACCAUCCCCUGAGGCGGACCCCUCCCUGUUACCUUGUUCUUCUGACCCCAUGCUGCUUUCCAGGAAGAGCAAGCUGUUCUUGUCAGAUAGCAGCCCAGCCAGAGACCUCGGCUGUCAGGGCGUGUCUGGAAAUGGUGGGAGCGUGGGCAGGGGCAGGAGGAGGAGAGAGCCCCUGGGAUUGUGGAUGGGACAGGUCUCCAAGCUUGUCCACAAGGACACCCCCGGGAGUGGCAAGAAAACAGAACCUGAUGACCUUGAGUCUCCAGAGGCCUCAGUUGAAGGCCCACCCUUGCUAAUCCCCCCUGGUACCCUGACCUCAGAACCAGCCCAGAACUCCCCUGCAGGAAGUGCCCCUGGGGAGUCUCCUGCCAGUGAGAAAAGACUGUCCCCAGGCUCUCCAGAGCCGCCCGAAGAAGGCAGGAAGCCGAGUGGGUUUGGGCCUGACUUGGAGACCAGCAGCAGGAGCCUGGCCUCUUACCUUGGCUCUGAGAUCCUGGGCGAGGUGACCAACUUCCCGUGGGACCUGCAGAGCUCACGGGAAUCUGAGCAGGAUGUGGGUCAGUCAGGCCCUGGGCCCAGAGAGCAGCACCCCAGCCCCUUCCUAGCGCCCCAGUUUUCCCACAUGCAAAGCUCCGCUGAUGAGCAGUCGGAGAGUGAAGACUACUCUGAGGAUCAGAGGUUCUACCAGCACAUCCUGCAGAUGGUCAAGAUCUCUAGGCGGUUGGAAGGCCUGGGGCUGCCCGAGAGUGUGCAGGAAAUUCCGUGCAAAGAUCUUACCGGCAUGGUCUAUUGUCUGGCAGCCGAGUCUUCCAGGAUGUCUAGUGAGGGCGAGCACAAGGCCAUCGGAGCCAUGGACUCCAGGUUUCUGCCCUGGGGGCCAGAGCAGCUGGAGCAUCCUCAGGAGGUGGCCGUUUCCCCGGCUGGGCAGGAGGCCUCUCAGCAAGCCUGUUUCCAGCCAAGCAGCAGCCCCCUCAGGCAGGGGUUGGUUGAACUGAGUUCUAACAGAGGGCUCACUGCAGAGCCAGGCAAGAUGCAGCUUCUCGACCAGGUAGGCUUCUUAGAGAGCAUGGCCUGCGGGCCUCAGUGAACUUGGCAGGGAGGGAUCAGGCUGAGCUGACCAUCUUAAUGCAGCCAUCAGGUCUGCUCUCCUGUUCUUUGUCCUCCCUUGGUAACUGUCGAUCCCAUAACCACCCAGGAUGGUCAUCUGUAGGAUGACAUGCAUUUCCUGCUGCUUUUACCCCAUCACCUGCAAGAUACGGGCUGAGGGUAUCUAGACUUCCCUUCCCUGGAUCUCAGUGUAAUUCGGGUGGUUCACGUGCUCUGAAGAUGAUCAGUCUUGAGGGUGAGCAAAGUGGCGCUGACCUUGGCACUCAUGCAAGAUGUAGGGACUGUCCCAGGACUUGGGAAGCCUUCCCCAUCAGCUGAUUAUAGAAGAGUCCUCCCAAGUAGACACCCUACCCCCAGGCUCUGAACGUAGCCCCUUCUUAGAAUCACAGAGGACUAGAGAGUUAAUACUGUCGCGAGAGGCUGAAGCCUAGAAGAUUUCUACCGUUCAGUGAGCUCUUCCGCUCCUUGCUUCCCAGAGUUUCCAGAACCACGUGAAUAACCUCGGGCUUGUGCAGACUGCGUUUGGGCCUUCACCCCCCGCUACCGGGAUUUACUCAAGGGUUGGGCUUGCCCUGUCAUUCUGACCCUUUGUCCCUUAAAGAGUCAUCAUCUUCAUUCAGAAGUCAGGUUGGACUAGAGACCCCAGGGGUCGAGCUGCUUUUCCCCAGCUCUUCUUUGCUGUUGCCCAGCUGUGCCUUUACCCAGUUGUUACCCCGGGUUCCUAAUUGCUGGCGUGCACUGGUUCUCCGUUAGCUCUGAGAACUACUGUAGCGCUAUAAAUAUCAGAUAAGCUGCAGAUGAUCCUGAAAGUUUUAAUUAGCCCAAUGGCAGCAAGUUUAUCCGCUCUGAAGGACAACGCCAUGCACGGCCCAUAGUCAGAGUUAAUGGCCAUCUACAGAAGCUGAUCAGCUAGGAGCCAGGGAUGUAUAAUUUCCCUGCUAACCAUUGAUUUGGUAAAGGCCUGGGAGAACAAAGCCCUCAGCAGGCCCGUCUCCCUCCCUCAGGCCCCCAGCACGUUUGCAAAUUAGCCAUGUUAGGAGUCUGUAAUUUUCCAUAAAUACAGUGUGGGAAGAGUUCUACUUGCUGAUCCGCUGGGCUGGUUGGGAGGGCAGAAGCCAGGAGGUGCAGGCUGGGUUUGCUCACAGAUCACCUCAGAGCAGCUUUCCUGGGCUCCUUUUCCACUGCAACUGGAAGUGUAAAAUACCAGCUUGGAGGUUGCCCUGGGUUCCCAUCCCUCGUCCGCCCCACUGCUGGCCCUGUGAUUUGAGGCAGCGAUCUUGACCUCACCGGUCUCCAUUUGCUCUUGUGGGGACUGUGGCCUUAGGUGGUUAUGAGUGAAAUGAGACAGGUGCUUACCCCAGUGCCCAGGGCUCAGGCAGUGUAGGCCAAUUUUAUUAUAACCAGAAACUUUAUGGCCUAACCCUGCAAUAAGCCAGAUGAUUGGA